UUUUUAAUUGUUGUCUGUUCUACACUAUCUACGCCUUGUUUUGGACAAGAUGGAUAUCCCGGACAAUGAAAAGGGAAAGGUCAAACGCGGCCGAAGAGGGGACCGUGAGAACGUCCUCCCGAAAGUAAAGCGGUUUCAGAAAAGGUCUCUACCAAGGCGCCGCUCCCGAAAGAAAGACGGUUCUUCCUUCUCCUCCGAGAUUUCUGAGGGAGAGUCGAGAGUGUCAGAUAUCGCAAUAAUGGCGCUCCAAGAGGCCGAGAGAGACGAUAUACAGAUUCAUGAUGUCCUCAGUAGCGUGGCUUCAACAUCUGUAACAAGUCCCGUACCCAUACCUGAGAUGCGGGACAGCGACUACGACACGGACUUGGCCGAGGAAGCAACAGCAGAAGAGUUUGACAUUACAGGCAGGAAGGUUUAUUUAGAUGGCUGCAAACGACACGGCGUGGUUCCUGCAAGCCAAAUCACAAGGGCCUUGGCUGGAGACUGCCUGAAGCUGAACAACCUAGGCCUAACUACUAAUGAUGUCAUUGCCUUGUGCAUACCAUUACAGACAAACAUGUCAGUCAGUACAUUGCUGCUGUCUUCAAACCGGAUUGGUCCCAAGGCCAUGAUUUACUUGGCGGCCAUGUUGAAAGAAAACAUCAAUAUCUCAACCUUGGAUUUGUCCAACAACGCUCUCGGCACGAGUGGAGCGCAGCUUAUCACUGACAUCAUCGACAUGAACGGAACAAUAAGGGUGCUAAAUCUCGCAGAUAACGGAUUCGAAGACAAUGAUGCCAAGUAUUUUGCCUACAUUAUGCGUAUGAGUUGUUUAAAGGUCCUGAACUUGAGUCACAAUAGAUUUCGAGAGAAUGCCGGUUACAUUUUAGGCUCCGCAAUAGCUGAAAAUGACACGCUUGAAGAAUUGGACCUGAGUUGGAAUCACUUCCGGUUGAAAGGGGCGAGGGCACUUGCGAAUGGAAUCAUGGAAAAUGUCAGCAUAAAGAAGCUCGACCUGUCGUGGAAUGGGUUUUCCAACGAUGGCUGCCGCUUUCUUAGCAAGGUGCUAUCCGAGAAUAGAGUGCUCAAGGAACUAGACCUCUCCAGCAAUCGUAUCACUUUAGAAGGGGUGAAACAUCUUUGCAGGGGCUUGUUGAAGAAUGAGACAUUGGUGAAAUUGAAGCUAAGUAAAAACACCAUCGGGACGGCUGGUGCAACCAAACUGCUUGAAACGAUCAAGGCGCAUCCCACAUCACAGCUUGAGGCGUUAGAAAUGAUGGAUACCUACGUCGACCAAACAGUUGAAACCCUCAUCAGUCAAGUUGGAAAACUCAAGCCAAAAUUCCACGUGAAGCAUGGUGCCAUGAUGCGCUUCCUCGACCCGUACAUGAAGAUUGUUCGACCCCGUGACGCUUGGAUGGGAGAUCCGCUGACAUUACUUCUCCGCUACAUGGCUGAGCGAAAUAUGCGGCUUGCGGACUUGUUCUCCCAGUUUGAUACGGAUGACAGCUGGACGCUGACCACUGCUGAGUUCAAAAAGGGCGUCAAGCAAGCACACAUUCCGUUAAGUGCUUUACAAGUUGAGCAGUUGGUGAACAGGCUUGAUAAAAACAGAGAUGGCGAAAUCGAUUUUAAAGAGAUGCUUACAGGCCACAAGAAACACAGACACCGCGAACGCCGCAUACGACAACAACAUAUGGAACUCGACCGGCCGCGGUCGUCAAACGCAAGUCCCUCUGGGUCAAGACCAUCAUCUGGCAGGAUGUCCGGGGUGGAUUCGAGACAGAGUAUCUCCAGCCCAAAAGGAACAACUGCGAGCCACCGCGGCAGUAUAUCCAGCCCACGUGAUAGUAUAUCUAAUCCACCGAAGGGAGUAACUCUGCUGGGUGGUUCUUUAAGUCCACGCGGCAGUAUAUCAAGCCCACAAGGAACUGCCCUCCUUGGUGGUUUUGUAAUCAGUCCACGCGACAGUAUCUCUACCCAAAAGGGAAUAAGCCUGUUAAGUGGUUUUGCGAGCCCACGUGGCAGUAUUUCCAGCCCAAGGGAAGCACUCAUGCUGGAUGUUGCCAAAGGCCCAAGCGGCAAUAUAAACAGCCUACGUGGAAGUAUUUCCAGUCCAAAAGUAACGCCCGUGUUUGGAGGUGUCUCUGGUCCACGCGACAGUACUUCCAGCCCAGGAGCAACACCAAUGACAGGGAGUCCACGCGGCAGUAUUUCGAUCCCUCAGGGUAAUUCGCUAUUUGGCGGCGAUCCGAGUCCACGUGGAAGUAUUUCGAGGCCACGGAGCAGUAUCCUACCCAGUUUAGUUCCGAAGCCCGCAGAUGGACAAACACAUGGCGGAAGGAAACAAACACUUGACGACUUGGCCUUAACAGAUUCAAAAUGGACAGAGAAGGACUCGAACGCUAUGCCAGACACGAGGCCUGAGCGUCAGCGACAUCUCAUGCAACAAUUCGAAAAACUGAAAUCAAUAUAGGCAAUGUCGAUAAAACAUGUUUCCGGUUCAAAGGCAAAAAUAUGCUGAUACCAGAUCGGUUGAGACUAGAAGCUGUGGUUUCUUGAGCCUGCAUGGACCUGUUGGCCGCCUUUGCAUGUGUAUACGUACGUAUGUACGUAUGUAUUUUUGUGCUGUUUUUCUACGAGAGACUAUUCAGAAUAAAGAACAUUGUAAA